CUCCGUUUCCCCCGUCGUAGUUUAUGCAUGUACUCGUGUGAAGUUUCUUUUUACGAUUUAUUCGUGCAAAAUAGUUGAAUAAGUACAAGCCGCUUGGUGCAAUUGCGGUAAUAAUUGAUCGUCGUUUGCGAUUUGAAACUUUGGAUUACACGAACGUGGGAGCUCUUGAGAACGCCAGCGUUUGAGGUGGUCAUUGUCGAGGAACGUUAGGCAACUAAUCCCGGAUCGUCGCGUCACGCCGAGAGGCGUUUUGCGUUGAGAAAGGCGGUCAAAUACGGGGUGAAAGAUUGAACGAUGAGCUAGCAAAAUGCGCUGGAGGAUGAAGAGGCGCGAGCUGUCGGUCUGGGCAUGGCUCUGGCUGUGGUUUUUCGCGGCCACAGCCGGCUCGCCGUCUUCCGGGAUUCGAUCGGGUGUAACAACGAGCGAGGAGCCGUCGAGUAACGCUGCCGGUCUCUCAACGACUAUGAUCCCUUCGCCGAUCGCAAUGAUAACGCCGCUGCCGCGAACAUCAGCAACAACGACAGUCGUACCGGAAACAUCGUCGAACGCGUUGUUGCACGAUUUUCAUUUCACAAGAGCGCAGUACAAUGUAUCGAUAGCUGAGAAUUCGAUAGGCAAGACUUACGUGUUGCCCGAAGAAAAAAUGGGCAUAGGUCUAUCGAAUCUUGAUCGCGAUGUCGAGAUCAAGUAUCGCAUAGUGGGGGGUGAUCGUGACAAGUUCUUCAAGGCCGAGGAGAGAACGGUCGGUGAUUUUUGCUUUCUUCUAAUACGGACACGAACCGGUAACGUGGACGUGUUGAAUCGCGAGCGGAAAGAUCGUUACGUGCUCGAGGUGCGGGCUACGGGUACAAGACGCGCCGCCCGAAAUAAGUUGGUCGUACUCGAUGCCGAGACGACGGUGAUCGUUACAGUGCUGGACACGAAUGACCUAAAUCCCUUGUUCUAUCCUACCGAGUAUAAAGAGACCGUUACCGAGGACACGCCUCUGCAUCGCAGUAUCCUCAGGGUAUCAGCCGAGGACGCCGAUCUCGGUAGAAAUGGCGAAAUCUAUUACAGCUUCGCCGAAGAAACCGAUCAGUUCGCUGUACACCCAGUCAGCGGAGUCAUCACGCUCACGAGGCCACUCCGAUAUGCUGAGAGACCGAUAUACGAAUUAACUGUAUUAGCGGAGGAUCGCGGCGCACUCUUUCAUCGAGCCGGCACGAUACGAGCUAGCACCGCUCGGGUCACUAUCAGGGUACGUCAGGUGAAUCUUUAUGCUCCUGAGAUUUAUGUUAACCACCUGCCGGAAAUAUUGGAAAACUCGAACGCUGACAUUUACGCGAUAGUCAGGGUCCUCGAUAGAGACGAGGGUAUACACGGUCAGAUCGCCAGUCUGGAUAUUGUGGGAGGCGAUCCGGACGGCCAUUUCAGAGUGAGACCGGGAGGCCAACAGCCCGGGGAGUACAACAUCGAAGUGCUUCAUCUUCUGGACCGUGAGCAAGCGCGUCAGGGAUACAAUCUGUCGCUCCGCGCCGUAGAUCGUGGCAUACCUCAACGUUUCAGUUACAAAAUCGUCCCUGUCCAUCUAUCCGAUAUGAACGACAACGCACCGGUUUUCAGUCGGGAAAUUUAUGACGUCAAAGUGCCGGAAACCGCUCCGGUAAAUACCCCAGUAAUCAAGCUCAAAGUUACGGACGCUGACGAAGGAAAAAACGCCCUCGUGUCCCUCGAGAUUGUCGGUGGAAACGAAGGCGGUGAAUUUUAUGUUAAUGCCAAUACCGGAAUGCUUUACACCGCCGUACCACUCGACGCUGAGAAAAAAGCUCUCUAUACGCUGACCGUUUCGGCGGUCGAUCAGGGCAACGCCGGUACGAGAAAACAGUCAUCGGCUAAAGUCAAGAUCAACGUGAUCGAUACGAACGACAGUGAUCCAACUUUCGAACAGAGCGAACAGCUCGUUUGGCUCGAUGAGAACGAACCGGCGGGUACCUCCGUUAUCAAGGUCACCGCUAAAGAUCGCGAUUCCGGCGAGAACGCUUACAUAUCCUAUUCCAUUGAUAACAUCGAAAAAGUACCAUUUGACAUUGAUCCGUUUACCGGUAUCGUUAGAACGAAACAAGUCCUUAACUACGAGACGAUGAAACGGGAUUAUCUGCUCGCGGUGCGAGCCAGUGACUGGGGUCUUCCUUAUCGCCGUCAAACCGAGAUGCAGCUCCGCAUUAAGCUGCGGGACGUCAACGACAAUCGUCCGCAAUUCGAAAAGAUCGAUUGCAAGGGUCACGUGCCGCGUUACGUGCCAAUCGGAUCAGAGGUAAUAACGAUAUCAGCGAUCGAUUUCGACGCUGGUAACAUAAUAAGCUACAGAAUCGUAUCAGGAAACGAGGACAAUUGUUUUUCCCUUGAUUCGGCCACUGGUAUACUCUCGGUUGCUUGUGACCUCGCGGACGUUAAGGUAUCCGAACGGGUCAUAAACGUUACCGCGACUGACGGCACACAUUUUGCCGAUGUCAAUCCUGUCCACAUACACCUCGUUAACGCCAAGAGAAAUCUCGGCUCUCAAGUUAGAAUUUUGAACGACGAGGGAGGUGCUUUCGAGUGUCGUCAAACCGGCGUUGCCAGACGCUUGAUCGACGCCAUUGCCGAGGCCGAAAAGAACAACGCACCCACGAGAGACGACGAAUACACUUUGACACCUCGUCGCUACGGUGGCAACGUUCACGCCCCGGAAUUCGUUGAUUUUCCUAAUGAGAUUAAAGUCAACGAGUCUGCGAAAAUCGGUACUAACCUCGUCAAGAUACGUGCCCGGGAUCGUGAUCUCGAUUACAACGGGAAACUCGUGUACGGCAUUUCCGGCGGUGACGAGGAUUCGGUGUUCGGUAUCGAUCUCGAGAACGGCGACAUCGCUAUUAUCGGACAUCUUGAUCGUGAAAAGGAAAGCGAGUAUUUUUUGAAUGUCAGCGUUUAUGAUCUCGGCAAACCCCAAAAGUCGGCCUCCCGUAUGCUCCCGAUAACGAUCAUCGAUGUCAAUGACAAUGCACCCAAGUUCGAGAAACCGUUGGCCAGUUUUAAAAUAUCCGAAAAUGCCCUCAACGGAACGAAUGUCUUCAGGGCGAAUGCCACCGACGCCGAUCUCGGUGAAAACGCUAAAAUAACGUAUUUCCUCGUUACGGAAACUCGCGACUUUACGGUCGAUCCGGUCACCGGGGUUCUCCGUGUGUUCGGUAAACUUGAUCGUGAAAGACAGGAAGUUUACGAGUUAAAAAUUCGUGCUAGGGACAACGGUGGGCAUGGUAGCGACGCGCCUCCGUUGUAUUCCGAUGCUCUGGUCAGAGUCACUGUCGACGAUGUCAAUGACAACGCACCCAAGUUCGCUCUCAACAGUUACACCGUCAAAAUACGCGAGGACGUGCCAGUCUGGAGUGUCGUCGCUGUCGUCGAAGCGAUAGAUCCGGACGAAGGUCCGGGCGGUGACGUCGAAUAUUUUCUUUCCGAUGCGAUGGAAAGCGAAGGCUUUUUCAAAGUUGACCGAGUCUCGGGAACUAUUAGAACUGCUCAACACUUGGACUUUGAAGAACGCCAAGUUCACACACUCACGAUCGUUGCUAAAGAUCGUGGCGAACCAUCGCUCUCCUCUGAAACAAUGGUGAUCGUUGAAAUUGUUGAUGUCAACGAAAAUCUCCAUGCCCCCAUUUUUGAGGAUUUUGUUGUUUCGGCAAGUGUCUCCGAGAACCAACCCAUCGGCACCCUCGUUACGACCGUUCGAGCCAAGGAUCUCGAUCCACCCGGCGGGGAUUCCAGAAUCGGGUACAGCAUACGGGGCGGAGACGGAGUUGGACUAUUCAACAUCGAUGAAGCAGGUAACAUAAGGACGAAAGCUGUACUCGACGUCGAAGCCAAAAGCGGAUAUUGGCUGACGAUCUACGCUCAGGAUCACGGGGUCGUACCAUUGAACUCCAAAUUACAGAUGUAUGUCGAAGUUUUGGACGAAAAUGACAAUACACCGUUGACGGAGGAGCCCGUCUACUAUCCUUCUGUCCCGGAAAAUUCACCGGCAGGAGUGAGUGUCCUUCGAAUUCCGGCAUUCGAUCGCGACGUGACUCCACAAGAAUUUACUUACACGAUUACGAGUGGCAAUCCGGAAGGUUAUUUCCUCAUCAAUUCGACGACUGGACUGAUCACGACGAGCGGUCGAAAACUUGAUCGUGAGAAUCAAGCUGAGCACGUUCUCGAGGUGACAAUAAGAGAUGAUGGAAGGCCUUCUUUAUCAUCGACAACUCGCGUGGUCGUUCAGGUCGAAGACAUCAACGAUCACGGUCCAGAAUUCGAGCAGAAGUUUUACACAGCGAGGAUACCAGCAUCGAUGGAUUCCGAAAAGCCGCUAUUUCAGAAAUCGAGGAACCGCUCGCGGGCUUACGACCUCUCGAUCGAUACCUUACUCGAGAAUGGAACUUGGGAGACAUUUAGCCCCGACAGCGUGUCAGGAGACCAUUGCUUCAGGGUUUUGGCAAGCGACAAGGAUGUCGGUGAGAACGGUAAAAUUCAAUACAGCAUUAAGGGCGGACGGGGAAAGGGAAAAUUCAAAAUUCAUCCGACAACGGGCAUGGUUUACUCUCAGCGUGGAUUCGAAGCUGGCCAAGAAUACGAAAUGAUGAUCAAAGCAGCUGAUAAUGGCGAACCACAGCGAAGUCAUCAGACUCGCGUUUCCGUUCAAGUUGUCGAAGCACCAAAGGAGUCCGAGAAUCCACCGAUAUUCCGAAUAAACAAUCAGACUGCGGAAGUCACCGAGAGCGACGAAGUUGGCUUUCUCGUCGCGCUUGCUCAAGCCACCGACAAGGAUGGCGAUACGCUUUGGUACGACAUUGUCGAAGGAGACAAACGAGACGAGUUUUUUAUUGGUCGUGACAACGGGAACGUGUUAUUAGCAAAGAAGCUUGAUUGGGAGACGCAAAAUUCCUACAAUUUGACGAUAUCGGCGAGCGACGGUAGCCACGAGUCCCGGACGCAGUUGUUCGUCAACGUGAUCGACAUAAACGAUCACAGGCCAAAAUUUUCAGAAUCGACGUACCGCGUCGACAUAUCGGAGAAUGUGGAAAAAGGUGAAACGGUAUUGCAGCUGCACGCGUCCGAUGAGGACGAGGAUAAAAAAGUUUUUUACAGUCUGCACGCGGCUCAGUCGCAAGAAUCGCUCAGGAUAUUUCACGUUGAUUCAGUGACCGGUACGAUAACGCUAAACGAUUAUUUGGAUCGAGAAACGAUCGAGGAACACGUGUUGACGGUGAUGGUACGCGAUCAGGGCACACCUGCCAAACGUAAUUACGCGAGAGUAAUCGUUACCGUUCACGAUCACAACGAUCACACACCGGAAUUUAUAAGCGAAAUAAUACAAGGAAAAGUUUACGAAACCUCGCCGAUCGGCACUGCGAUCGUUCAGGUUUAUGCGAUCGAUCGUGAUCGCGGUGAAAACGCGAGAAUAACGUACACCAUCACUUCCGGAAACGUUGGUAAUGUCUUCACCAUCGAUACCGAUCUGGGUUUCAUUCGAGUCGCGAGGGAGCUCGAUCUUGGCACAACAUCCGAGUAUAUAUUGCUGGUCAAAGCUACUGAUCACGGAACACCUCCGCUAUCGAACACGGUGCCCGUUCACGUGAUGAUAACAAUGGCAGACAACGCGCCACCUCGUUUCGUCGAGCGUGAAAUGGCAGCAGAAAUUUACGAGAACCAACAGAUCGGCGCUUACGUCAAGCACGUGGAAGCUCGUAGCACAUCAUCCUUGCAAUUUGAGCUCGGUCGUGGCAACAAAGACGACGCAUUUUUCAUAAAUCCAAGCACCGGAGUUAUCGUUACGAAAAAUCCAUUGGAUUACGAGAAAGUGAAGUUCUACAAUCUGACAGUUUCUGCAACGAACAUGGCCGGCUCAACCGCUCGCUGUAACGUCAUCGUUCACGUGCUCGAUCGCAAUGACAACGCACCGAGAUUCCUGCAGGCUCUUUACAGCGGGGAAAUCAGCGAAGGUGUCAACAUCGGAUCGUUCGUUUUGACUAACUUGAGCACUCCGCUCGUCAUCAAAGCCGAGGAUGCAGAUUCUGAAUUAAAUGCUCUUCUGAAUUACGACAUCGUCGAGGAUUUGCCGAGAAAAUAUUUCCAAAUUGAUUCCAGCACCGGGGCAAUCAGAACGGUCAUGAAUCUCGAUCACGAAACCGUGCCAACCUUCGUAUUUCACGUCAAAGUUUCGGACCUUGGGAAACCCAAAUUGUCCUCCGAAACUACUGCCAAAGUCAUCAUCACCGUCACCGAUGUCAAUGAUUGCCCACCCAAAUUCUUGCGGAAUGAUUACAACACGACCCUCCUACUACCCACGUACAAAAACGUCGCUGUCAUACGCGUCGAUGCCAUCGAUCCUGACACCACCGAAGGAGCUCCCUUGAGAUACGAUAUUAUCGACGGUAACAAGGCUGGAACUUUCGCCAUUGAUGCUCAGACCGGUUUCAUAACCGUUGAAAAUCCCGAGAGAAUGAAAAAGCAUUAUCUCAUCCACGUUCGUGUUUCCGAUGGCAAAUACUCCAGCGUCGCUCAGGUCAACGUCAACGUCGAAAAAUCCGAAAACUCCGGACUCGUAUUCCAAGAAAAUGUUUACGAGGGCACCAUCGUAGAAAAUUCCACGAGAAUCAGCACCGUCGCUGUCGUCAAUGUUCUCGGCACUGCUCUCAACGAACACAUCGUCUUUCGCAUCCUCAAUCCUACCGAUAUGUUCGUCAUUGGCCCUACAUCGGGCGCCAUUCGAACUACUGGCAAACGAUUCGAUCGCGAAAUCUCGGACAAUUACGAGCUAAUCGUCGAGGCCAAAAGUCAAAUGACCGAUAGGGAUAAACCUCGCGUUGCACACGUCAUUGUCAAUGUUACCAUACUCGAUAUCAACGACAAUUGCCCCAUGUUCGUCAAUCUUCCAUACUAUGCGGUCGUCUCGAUCGAAGCACAAAAAGGCGACGUCAUUUCUAAGGUCCAUGCCAUCGAUAUGGACAGCGGGGACAACGGCGAAGUGAGAUACGAGCUGAAAAAAGGUCACGGUGAAUUAUUCAAGGUCUGCAGAAAAACAGGCGAGAUUUCGCUCAAGCAAAAUCUGGAGGGACACAAUCGCGAAUACCAGUUGACUAUCGCAGCUUACGAUGGUGGCCAAACACCAUGCUCGAUAGAAGUGCCAGUGAAUGUAAAAGUAAUCGAUCGAUCAAUGCCUGUAUUCGACAAACAAUUCUAUACCGACAGCGUUCUCGAGAGCAUCGAAGUUCAUUCGCCCCUUAGUCUCUCGAUACAAGCACAAUCGCCACUUGGUCGAAAACUCAUUUACAGCAUCACCAAGGGCAAUGACUUCGAAGAAUUCGCUCUCGACUUCAACACCGCCCCCGACAAUAACAAUGGUCCUUGUGUAAUCUAUGUGGUGGAUGAACUGGAUUAUGAGCAAAAGAAGCAGUACGAAUUGACCGUUAGAGCCACGGACAGCGUGUCAGGUGUAUACGCCGAAGUUCUUGUCAGCAUUCUCGUUCUGGACGUUAACGAUUGCCCGCCCGAAUUCACUCAAGAUUCUUACAACAUAUCGGUCUCCGAGGCUGCUUCGUUUGGAACAUCGAUUCUGAAAGUUGGCUCAAGGGACAACGAUACCGGAAUGAACCAGCAGGUCCGUUACGCGAUUCAGAACGACACAGAGAAUAGCAACGAAUUGUUCCAUAUAGAUCCGGAGGAGGGAGUGAUAUUCCUGAAGCGUUCAUUGGACCACGAAUCGCACGAUUCUCAUCACUUCACAGUGAUAGCAAUGGACCGUGGUGUGCCGAGUUUAUCGAGUACGGCUCACGUAUGGGUGAGCGUCGUCGAUAUGAACGACAAUCCUCCAAAAUUCGAGCAGCCUUCGUACACGUGUUUUUUGUCGGAGCACGCUGAGCGUGGUCAAUUUGUGACGGUAGUUUCGGCGAGUGACCCUGAUUACGUUGACGAGAAGUUGACGUACACGAUUGUUGGUGGAAACGAGCAACAGACGUACAACAUAGAUCAGAAUACGGGAAUAAUAUCGUUGAUAAAUAUGCAAAACUUUGGUGAACAGAAGCUUCGACUGUUGAACGUAUCGGUGACGGAUGGAGUUUACACGAGUUUCACGAGAGUCAAGAUCGAAAUACUGCCCGCGAAUAGGCACAAUCCUAAAUUCUCAAAUCCACUUGUCGAAGUAACGGUAAUGGAAAAUCAAUUGCCGGGUCGCCUUGUAACGAGUGUACUGGCCAAUGACGAAGAUUUCGGUGAUUAUGGAACCAUCGUUUACUCCAUACCGUCGACUCUCAUCCGCGAAACCUUCGACAUCAAUCGCAUGACCGGAGAAAUAGUAACGAAGAAAAAACUCAAUCGAGAGGCUCAAAAACUCUACGAAAUCCCCGUGAUGGCGACCGAUGGCGGUGGACGAUCCGGCUUCGUCAUAGUUCGCGUCAAAGUCGGUGACGAAAACGACAACUCUCCUGUAUUCCUUGUCCGCGAGUAUAAAACUUCGAUUUAUAGCAAUUUCUCCAUCAACACUCCCUUCAUGAAAAUCAAAGCUCACGAUGACGACGAAGACGAAGCAGCGAGAAUCGAGUAUUCCAUCUUCGAACUACAAAACUCAGAGACUAAUAAUCUCUUUGGUAUCAAUCCUACCACCGGUGCUAUGUUCCUCACGAAAAGUGCGAUUCCGUGGGAAAACCAACUGUUCGAAUUUUUCAUCCGUGCAACGGACAAAGGUCUGAAACCUCAUCACGCUGAUGUGCCAAUAAGCAUUUACAUAAUGUCGCCCCAGGACAUUCCACCGUUGUUCGAGCGGAAAGAAAUGAAAUUCUUCAUGCGAGAAGCGUCGCCAGUUGGUAAUCCAAUAACCAGGGUAAAAACAGUGACAAACGCGACGGUCACUUAUAGAAUAGUAUCCGGCGAUGAAGAAAGUCCAACUUUUUUGAUUGAUGCCAGCGGCCACAUAACAUUAGCGCGUCCUCUCGAUCGGGAAGCGAAGAGCAGUCAUUUGAUUGCAGUGCUCGCCGAAACGGAUUCAAGCCCACCGUUGACGGCCCUCGCCGAAAUAUCGUUACAAGUCCUCGACGAGAACGAUCAUCCUCCUAAGUUCGAGAGCAACCCUUAUUUCAUAAACCUCGCAGAAAACGUUGAGGAAGGAACUUCGAUACUUAAAGUCAUAGCUCACGACGAAGACCUGGGAAGCAAUGGCGAAGUUCGUUACUCCUUCGGCUCGGACAUCGGGGAGCUGGCGAACGUUUUUACCGUGGAUGCUUACACCGGUUGGGUGUCAACGUUGAUUCAACUCGACAAAGAAAAACAGUCCGAGUACAAGUUCCAAAUCGUCGCGACUGAUAACGGCAACCCGAAGCAUUUUGCGAGAACAUCGUUGCACGUUAAGCUCAAAGAUUACAACGACAACGCACCGUCGUUCGUGGAAGAUCGAUACGUGGCCAAGGUAAACGAAGAUGCUUUGCCAGGAACGGUGGUCGUUAAAUUGGAGACGAUCGAUCGUGACACCGAUCUCAACACGCCCGUAGAGUUUUACAUUACUUCCGGAGACCCACGAUCGCAGUUCCAAGUCCGGGCCACCGGUGAGGUUUACGUUGCCAAAGCACUCGAUCGUGAAACAACGGAUCGUUACGAGUUAAAUGUUGUUGGCACUGACGGAAAAUAUGUUUUCGACACGAAAGUUAGCGUCGAGAUUCUUGACGUCAACGACAAUCCACCUUACUGUUUGCGUUACAGAUAUCGUGAAGUUUUAUCCGAAGGUUCUCACCCUGGAACGUACGUUUUGACAGUUCUAGCGACGGAUUACGACGACGAGCCUAACGCCAAAUUACGCUUUUACCUCACCGGUGAUAACAACGACAAAUUUACACUCGACAAAGACACCGGAAUACUGAAAACCGUAGGACAGUUGGAUCGCGAGACCCAAGCGAAAUACUCGCUGACCGCUCACGUUCAAGAUCGUGACAAGCCGGUUUGGGAAUGUUCUUCCCAACUGGAAGUUCUUAUUUCCGAUUUGAACGACAACGCACCAAAAUUCACGAUGAACGCGUACAGUUCGACUCUCCCGGAGGACGUUGAAGUUGGCACACUCGUAACUAAAGUUCACGCUACCGAUGACGACAUAGGAAUCAAUCGGAAGGUUCGAUACGAGUUCAUCGACUCAGCGGAUGGGCAUUUCUUCAUUGCUUCUGACAGCGGAAUUGUGACGUUGGGUAAGCCACUGGAUCGCGAAACAAAAGCCAUGUACAACGUGACGAUCCAGGCGAUCGAUCAAGGAACCCCGCAGCUGGCAAGCGUGGCCGUGCUCAUAGUGAACGUCCAAGACAUCAAUGACAACCCACCAGAGUUCACAUCCAAAUUCUACUUCGCACGUGUGCCCGAGAUCGACGCAAUUGGUACCGAAGUAGCACGAGUGUUGGCCACUUCUAAAGACACCGGUGUCAACGCUGACGUGUAUUAUUCCAUCGUCGGUGGCAACGAGCACAAAAAGUUCCAGAUCGAUACGGACACCGGUGUAAUCAAGAUAUCCGAACAAUUGGAUUACGAAAGAGCAAAGGACUAUUUCCUGACGAUCCAAGCGGUAGAUGGUGGCAUUCCGCCGUUGAGUAAUCACGCCACGGUUAACAUAACCGUCACUGACUGCAACGACAAUGCUCCGAUUUUCAGCGAGGUAUCAUACCGCGCAGCUAUUCGAGAAGAUGCCAAAAUAGGUGAAAGGGUCACGCAGGUAUUCGCCAACGAUUUGGACAGCAAUGAAAACGGUGUUGUGACUUAUCACAUUGAGCGAGGCGACCGGUUGAAACAAUUCAUCAUCGAUGAGAAGACCGGAAUAAUAUCAUUGGCAGCCGGCCUCGAUCGUGAAACGAUACCGAGUUACGUUCUGGAGAUUCAUGCUCGAGACAGCGGGCAACCGAUGCUCCAGAGUUUCGUGAUGGUUGAUAUAGAAAUUUUGGACGCAAACGAUAACCCUCCGUUGUUCUCUCAGUCGAAUUACACCGCAGUCGUGCAAGAGGACAAACCGCCGGGACAUACAAUCUUGAAAUUUGUUGUCAACGAUGCCGACGUGGCUCCGCAUUCUGAGCCAUACACUUUCGACUUCCGGUCUGGUAACGAGAACGAUGCUUUCCGAUUGGAACAAGAUGGCUCGCUGCGCACAGCCACUAAAUUCAACAGCAGAGUACGCGACAAGUACGUUCUCCAUGUCCGCGUAUUCGAUAGUGGAAGUCCACCGCUCUACUCCGACGCUUGGGUCGUCGUCAAGGUCAUCGAAGAGUCUCAAUAUCCGCCUGUAAUAACGCCUUUGGAGGUAAUCGUCAAUUCUUACCUGGACGAAUAUCCCGGCGGCAUAAUUGGCCGAAUCCACGCUAGCGAUCGCGACCAGUACGACACACUGCGUUACGCGCUUGUUCCGUCGAUGCCACAUCCGAACAUCGAUCUCUUCCAAAUAGAUCCGAGCGAUGGGACGCUCGUGGCACUGCCGAGGCUCGACGUCGGCGAGUAUCGCGUCAACGUUAGCGCAACCGACGGUAAAUUCACUUCCUACGCGAUUGUCAAGGUUAACGUUGACUUGAUAACGGAGAAAAUGCUUGCCAAUGCGGUGAUAGUGCGUUUCCGAGAAGUGAGUCCCGACGAAUUCAUCCUCAGUCAUCGCAAAGGUUUCGUUCGGACCGUACGCAACGCUAUGAACUGCAGGCUCAAGGACAUCGUGAUCAUAAGCGUCCAGGCUUCCACCGACGAUUCUGUCAACCUCAUUAAAUCGCGAGCAACUCGUCAAGCGGUGAACAACGAUCUCGAUCUUUUGUUUGCCGUCAGAAAAACCGCACCAUCGAUCGGACCCUCGGGUUUUUAUUCCUCGGAAAACAUUCGCGAAGCUCUCAAUCAGCACAUCGAAGAACUCGAGGAAUCAACGAAGCUCGUGGUCGAAGAAAUCGUCCGAUUCAAGUGCAGCAAAGGCUACUGCGUUUACGGAGACUGCCUCGAUCGUAUAGUUCUCGAUCAAACGAUCAUAGCUCCGGUAGCAACGGACGUUAUGAGUUUCGUAUCGCCCCGUCACCGUCACAAAAUCGAGUGCACUUGCAAAGAAGGCUACGCUGGUAAUCACUGCGAAAUCGUCGUCAACGAGUGUGCCACUGACCCUUGUCCACAGUUCAAAGUAUGCGUACCGGACUCUUCGGUCCAGGGCUACACUUGUCAGUGUCCCGAAGGUUUCGCCGGGCAAAUAUGCGACAUCGACAUAUCCAAGUGUCACGAUGAAUCCUGCUACAUUCCACGUAAUCCAAUAUCCUUCAGUGGCAAGAGUUACGCACGUUACAAAAUCGACAAAUCAAAAUUGCGUCAAACGAUUGAGGAUCGCUUGAGCCUAUCGCUGCGUGUGAGGACCGUCCAACCAACGGGAAAUCUCAUGUACGCCUCCGGUAAAAUCGAUUACAAUAUCCUGGAGAUAGUCAACGGUGUUGCACAGUACAAAUUCGAUCUCGGCAGUGGCGAGGGUCUCGUUAGAGUGAGCAGCGUUUAUCUGAGUGACGGACAGUGGCACGAGAUCCAGUUGGAACGUGAGAGUAACAGUGCCAGGCUGACGGUCGACGGGAAACACGUUGCUCACGGUUCAGCGCCCGGGAUCAACGACAUUUUGAAUUUACAAUCGGACGAUCUCUAUCUGGGCGCUGAAGUCAGACAACACCCGACGAUUCUCGGGUUCGAAGACGUUCAGCGUGGUUUUUACGGUUGCAUGGAUGACGUCAGAAUAGCAAGAGUUUCGGUGCCCCUUCACAUGAGCGGUGCGAGCAGCGUCGCCGUUUUGAAACUGUUCGCCAACGUCGCGUUCAGUUGUGACACCGCGACGAUUCUCAUUCCGCCGGGAGUGUGCGGCUCGCAGCCUUGUCAAAACGGCGGCACGUGUCGGGAGACGAACGACGAAUCCUACGAGUGUCAAUGCCACGGUCGUUUCAACGGUAUCACUUGUGAAAUCGACAGCGAUCCUUGCGCCUCUUCUCCUUGUCUUUACGGUGGCAGAUGCAAAAUAGUCCCCGGCGGCGGGGAUUUCACCUGUGAAUGCGUCGGAACAAGCCUCACCGGUAAACGCUGCGAAUUCGGACGUUACUGCGGUCCAAAUCCUUGCGUCCACGGCGGCAUUUGCGAGGAAGGUAACAACGGUCCCAUCUGCAAAUGCCAAGGCUUCACCGGUGAACGCUGCGAACUUGACAUCAACGAAUGCGAUGCCAAUCCGUGCAUCAACGGCGGCACUUGCGUCAACGAAGUCGGCAGCUAUCGCUGCACCUGCCCACCGAAUAUGACCGGAACUAAUUGCGGCAACCCCGUUUACUCAACACCCAUCAUUUCCGAUCCGUUCAACAUCACGUUGGAACAACUCAUGUGGAUCGGCGUCGCUCUCGUUGCCAACGUUUUUCUCAUCAUCAUGUUUGUCUGCUAUCGAAAAAUUCGACUGAAACGCACACGUGCCCGUGCCAAUAACAUCAACAACGAGACGAGAAAACAAAUUGUACUCAACUCGGCGAGACCUCACGAACACGAAUUCAAACGCAGCUCAAAAUUAAGCAACCUCGAAGUCAUACAGAGAGAACCUCCCCAAUGUCCUCCCCGACCCGCUUCCUAUACACCGAGCUCGAACAACGAGCCCGCUAAUUAUGGAACCGCCGCGGCUAUAGCGCUCAACAAUCUCGACACUCUUCGAAGUUACGGGAGCGCUGGGGACGAGCUUGAAAAUUUUCCGCCUGAUUAUCUGAGAAAUCUCAAUCGAAGUACCCCAGUGCCAACUGGAACAUUGACGAUCGGUAAUCCGGUCGGUGGUAACGCGACGGGAAGCGAUACGGAUAGUCUUCACAAACCAAUGUGGCAGGAACAAAUGCAUCUCGCCUCCUUUAUCACCGAUACCGCAAAAAUAAAAAACGACCUGAAACGAGCGAGUCCAGUGGUACCAGAGCUGACCACUGGAGGACUUCUACUAAACUCUACCCGGCGGACUCCUCACGGAGGUGGGACCUCUGUUGCCUCACUAUCGUCCAUCGAGGAUGAUCCUCGCAUCGUCGGUGGGUAUCACUGGGACUGUUCAGACUGGGUCAGACCGAGUCAGAACCCACUUCCAAACAUCACAGAAGUACCUGGCAGCGAGGUUCCGGACUCAUCGAGCUUCCACAGCAAUGAGAGUAACGAGUCCAACACUCAUCAGCUACCAACGUUGCACGGUCCAAUAGAUCCAACAAGAGACAUUGAGACGCUGAACGAGGAUCAAGAAUCCGAAUACGUCGGUGAUUCGGAGUGUGGAACCGAAUUUUCGGAGCAUUAUCACUGUCCAGAGACUCAAAGGUUAAAUCCAUUGGACAGCGGUGGCGAGGGGGAGUACAAAUACAAAGAUUCGAACAGUUAUCUAAGGCAUCCAAAUUCCUAUCUUCCGCAUUAUAAUAUCCACACGGAUACUGAGAACGAGAUGAAUCCACUAAACGGUCGUCUCAGUACUCUUCAAUCGGACGAAGAGGAAGAAGAGGAAGAAGAGGAUGAAGAAGAAGAGGACGAUGUAGUGCCUUACGGUUUUCCGAGCACCCGACGCAACAGAUGUCAUAAGGGUGACGAUAUCGACGAGAUUGGCUCGGUAAUAACGACCCUCGAAGAGAGAAAUUCGUUGUUGGGCGGUGGUACAAGCAACAGCGAUUUAUCGACGAAUUUAUGUGAAAUCGAUGAUUCCGAGUACGAGAUUAAUGAUCAAAAGACCAACGGACGUAUGUGGCUCUCCGGUAACAGUAUAACGCAAACUUCGGUGUGACGAACGCUACCAGUACAUUAAGAAAAAAUAGAAUAAAAGAAAUGAGAAGCAAAAAAAUGUUCGAUGCACCGUAUCCACACUUCCGGUUGUACUCGUUAUUGGGAGCGAAAAAAAAAGAAAAGAGAAGUGACAUAGCCAGAGAUUGGACUCGCGUCGGUAUUGCAAUUUUGUAAAUAUAUUUUUAAUCCUUUAUAGAUAGGGGCAGUCUGGAGUGGCAGGCAGCUAUUUAACGAGAGACUGACUUUGUAAGAUGCGAGCUAACGCGAGCUAUUCGAUUUCGAUUAAUCGCAAUUAAGAUCGAAUUUUCACCGCAACAACUCCAAUCGCUCUAUGCUUAACGCGUUAACGCGACCCAUAUAAAUAGUACACACAAAGCAGAUAAAAAAUAAAACAUCUCCUGUCGCAGCUAACGAACAUCUUUGAGAGAUAGUGGAUCGUACUUAAUCCGGAGAAUUCUCACGAGAUGUUUUUUCUCCUCGAAAUACAGUAUAAACUCGAUAAGAAUAUGCGAUAUUGGGUGUCGAAGAAUUCAGAAGGGAAACAAGAAAGCCUAAUUGUAGGUAAAAAAUUGAAUAAACUGAACCAUGAAAACGUCGGAGUUGAUGAACGAAAGGACUUCUCGUGACUAUUUCGAAAGAUUACAGAUAAAGUAGGAGAUUUCUUUUUCGUUCGUUGGUUGUAACCGAGAAAUCAACGAGAUAAAAAAAUCUGACAUUUGGAAACUGCUAAAUAUCAUUGACGAAUUGUAAGAAUCAUGAUCGCGUCGAAAAGACCAAUGAAUAUUAUUUAUCGUAAAAAAAGCGUGUGUGUCGUUUCAGUACGUAAGAAUUAUUCGACUAUGAUGUAUUCCCCUGCGAGAGGAAUUUAAUAUAUAAUAGGUAUGUUUACGUAUUUUUUACUAAACGAUAACUGAUCUUAUUUUGAAUACGUGUAAAUGAAAUCGAUGAGAUGACUUAAGUGCGAUGAAGUUUUAAAAUAAUACGAUCAUGUAGGAGAAUAAUAAUCGAUGAGUAAACGCACUAAGUAACGAUACAGUAGAGAUACAGAAUAAACGCGCCGCUUUACUGGCGUGUGAUCGAUGACAAUGCUCGUUGUUCACAACGUUAGUGAAAUAAGACGAGUUUAACGCAAGAGUUAAUAGUUGAAAGAUAUAAAAUAAAUACAAAUAUAAUGAAUAAUGAAAUAUAAAUGAAUGAAUAAAUCAUAUUUUUACUGUGAUGAUAAUAAUGUUUAUACGAUGAUCAAAUAACUAUGACUUGUAUUAUAACAAUAAUUGCAAUGUUAAUUAUGCAACGGUUUAUAAGGGCAGAUUGAAAGAUCACGGUGGACGUAGUUCCUCCUGUUACGUCUAUGAUAAAUUAAGUCAAAGUUCCGUUCCUUCCAUUCCCAUACAUAUAUACAUAUAUGAUAUAUGUAUAUAUUAUCAUUGAAAAAAGUUCAUUAUUAGCAUAUUCAGCGUUAUUGCAAUAACGGUGCUACUACGCCCGAUUAAAAUCUCAACUAAACGUGGAUUAUAAACAUACAAUAAGACUGCACAGCGAUGAGAGCCACUUCGCUGUUCAUACAUAUAUACUUACAUCGCCAUUUACUUUUUUACGAACCUGUGUAUAUCAACCGGUAAAUACACAUCUUCCCAUUCAUUCGUUGUCUCGUUUUUCUGUUUACACAUACUGAAUUUUCAUUUCACGAGCGUAACAUCUUAGCUAAUAAGAAAUUACUCUUAACUGCCAAUUUUUUUCAAAAUGCCAUAUAAAGACAAUGCAUUUUUCUGCGACUAACUUUAAGUUUGUUCGAUCAUAUCGUUUUUCGAUUACUUUUUUUUUGAAUUUUUUUUUUUUAUUAUUACUUACUUUUGAAAGAAACUGGAGCUUCAUUCUUUCGUAAGAGAGCCCUAAAAAUACUUCCCAUCCGACCGUAGGAUAAAACGUUGUGAGAAUUAAUUGUAUAACGGCAGCUUUACUGGGUGUGGAUAUAAAUGUACGUACAUAGAGUUUUGUUGAGAAAUUGCGAUUUAUGUUCCUAUUCUCUAGAGGAAACCAGCGAUUCUGCUUCCCAAUAAGCACCUCGUAAAUAAAUGCAGCGUAUUAACACUAACGAUAACUAAUUCCAAGCCAGGGUCUUAUUUAUCAUUUUUUCUUUGUUUUUAUCAAUACUGUCUCGCUGACCAAUUAUAAAAUAUCGAUCAACCGAUGGAACGCAAUCGAUUUCAUGCUAAGAAUGCUCCACUUUCUGAUCCUUCAAAACUACGCAUUAAAUAAAUGCAAAAAAUAGCAAACACACUCACGUCGACACACAAUUCAUCUUAGAUUAUUUAUUCUAUAUUAGAAUGCGGGUUUAAAGUGUACAGUUUAUUUAAAGAAUUGUAUCGAAACGGAUUUUCGAAUAGGGAUUGAGCUAGCUAUAAUUGAGCAUAAAAAAUUAUUCAAUGCAAAGUUGAUAUGGUUCGAUGAAUAAAAUGGUACGCUGGAAAAAAAAAGAAAACAAACGAUUCGACGGUGACUUGUCACCGGAAUAAAAUAUCUUCCUAUAACCCUUUAUACUUGAGCUUAGACGGAAUUGGUAAUAAUUAUUUUCUACACAAGGGUCUAAGCAUUUGCUUUUUGAUAUGCCAUUCCACGCGAAACCAAAACAAUUCGUUCUCCAAUCAUUCUCGUGAAAUUUUAUAAAUGAUCAUCUAAAAUACCAAACAAUCGAAGCGAUCGUGCGAUGCACCACAUCAUCGUCUCGUUAUUUAAGUAAAAAAACAAAAAAGGAUAAAUGGCAAAAUGGGUACAAUUUCUAAAUGAUUCCCGUUAAAUGCGUUCUUAUUUAGAACCCCCUAAUAUAGUAAUACAUAUCGAUAACGAGAAAUGUCAGAAAAUGAGGAACUUGACUUGUUAUUAAUAAUAAGGCUAAAAAUCAAUUUGUACAAGAUCAACCUAUUGUAAUAAACAAACGAAUCUUGCCUA